AUGGAUAAUUUGUUUGUGGUGGUGCAGGAGUUCAAAGACUACCAGUUUAAGGAAAACAAGGAAGAUGCUCUAAGGGAUUUGGAAGAUUUGGUUAAAACACUGCCUUGGACUGAUCCGUUGAAAGUUUGGGAGCUAAACAACAGCUUAAAAAAGAAAAAGACAAAACGCAAAAAACAUCCUCUGCAGAGUUCUGCAAGCAAAGAAAAGCUGGCUGACGGUGGAGAAGAGGAGGGAACGGAUCAAAAAGACGCUGGCAGACAGGAGGACUGUGCCCAGCACGCUGCAGGGGGGGAACCCGCUGGUGGCCGGGAUACAGAGGAGACAGGAGGAGUGGCACCCCGAGAUGGGGAGGAGGAGGAUGACGAAGGAUCGGAUGCCAAAGGCGAAUUGCAGGCGGGUUCUGGGAGCGAGGCCACGGCUGGUGACGGUCCGACGGGCAAAGAGGCAGCGAAGGUGUUGAAGUUCCGCGUUACGUGCAACAGAGCAGGAGACAAGCACAGCUUCACGUCAAACGAGGCUGCCAGAGACUUCGGCGGUGCUGUGCAGGAGCACUUCCAGUGGAAAGCCGACAUGACUAACUUCGAUGUGGAGGUUCUGCUGAAUAUUCACAAUAACGAAGUAGUGGUGGGCAUUGCCCUAACCGAGGAGAGUCUUCACAGGAGAAAUAUCACACACUUCGGCCCCACGACUCUCCGUUCGACCCUUGCUUACGGCAUGCUGAGGCUCUGUGAUCCCCAGCCCACAGAUAUCAUAGUUGAUCCCAUGUGUGGGACAGGUGCAAUACCAAUAGAGGGAGCUGCAGAGUGGCCUAGCUGCUACCAUAUUGCUGGGGAUAACAACCCACAAGCUGUAAAGAGAGCAGCAAACAACAUCUGUUCUUUACUGAAGAAAAACGAGAGUAAGGAAAGCAGCACUUCCUUGGGCAUACCCUUGGACAUCAUUCAGUGGGAUAUUUGCAAUCUCCCGUUGCGGACUGGUUCUGUGGACAUCAUUGUGACAGACAUGCCAUUUGGAAAGCGGAUAGGGUCGAAGAAGAAGAACUGGGAUCUCUAUCCAGCCUGCCUGACGGAGAUGGGCAGGAUCUGCACGCCAGGGACAGGCAGGGCUGUGCUGCUUACGCAGGACAAGAAAUGCUUUGCCAAGGCCUUGUCACGAAUGGGCCACAUCUGGCGCAAGGCUCAGACAGUGUGGGUGAACGUGGGGGGGCUUCACGCUGCAGUGUAUCUUCUGAAACGCACCUGGGAGACGGCAGAAGAGAAGAGAUCGUUCUGGUAACCUGCGUGGAAGGAGGCCAGAGACUCC